CCAAUCUCCAUUUUUCCUUAUUUAUGCACCCACCACCCUAACAUCUCCACCCCCACCCCGCUCACAAUCAAUGGCCUUCCACCACCACCACUAUCUCCUUCUCCACCUUCUCCUUUUCUUCACUUCCCUUUCUUUCACCUUCUCAGAUGAUGCUGAUGUUAUGUCCAAGCUUCUUGCAGCUCUUUCUCCAACUCCUUCUGGUUGGUCAACUUCUAAGCCUUUCUGUUCUUGGACUAAUGUCAUUUGUGACAAGUCUUCAGCUACAGUAACUUCAAUUAAUCUUGAUUCUCAAUCUGUUUCUGGUUCUUUACCUUCUGAAAUUACUCAACUUUCUAAUCUUAAAACCCUUUCACUUCAAAAAAACAAACUUUCUGGCCCUUUACCUUCUUUUGCCAACAUGUCAAAAUUAGCUGAUCUUUUCUUGGACAAUAACCAAUUCACUUCUGUUCCUCAAGAUUUCCUUUUGGGGGUUCCUAGUUUAGUAACUUUAAGCAUUAGUGAAAAUGCGGGACUCUCUCCUUGGCAAAUACCUAUGUAUUUAACUGAAAGUACAAAUUUGGGAUCUCUAUAUGCUAGUAAUGCAAGUAUUGUUGGUGUUAUUCCUGAUUUCUUUGAUGUUUUUCCUAAUUUACAGAAUUUAAGGUUGUCUUAUAAUAAUCUUACUGGUUCUUUGCCUGCUUCUUUUGGGGGUUCUGAAAUUAUGAAUCUUUGGUUGAAUAAUCAAGUUAAAGGGUUAUCAGGUAGUAUUGAUGUGAUUGGAAGUAUGACACAAUUGUCUCAAGUUUGGUUACAUGCUAAUUCUUUUACUGGUAGUAUUCCUGAUUUGUCAAAAUGUGAGAAUAUAUUUGAUUUGCAGUUAAGGGAUAAUCAGUUUACUGGUAUUGUACCUGAGUCUGUGAUGUCUCUUCCCAAAUUGUUGAAUAUUACUUUACAGAACAAUAGGUUGCAGGGUCCAAUGCCUCAGUUUAAAGAUGGGGUUGAGGUUAAACUUGGAACUACUAAUAGUUUCUGUAAGGAUACUCCGGGACCGUGUGAUCCACAGGUCACUACACUUCUUGAUGUGGCUGGUGGUUUUGGAUAUCCAUUGUCUUUGGCUGAGUCUUGGAAGGGGAAUGAUGCUUGUAAUAGUUGGAGUUUUAUAAGUUGUGAUACCACUGGGAAGAAUGUAGCUGUUGUUACCUUAGGUAAGAGGGGGUUUUCAGGUACUAUUUCGCCUGCUUUUGCGAAUUUGACUUCGUUGAGGAGCUUGUUUUUGAAUGACAAUAAUCUUACUGGUACGAUCCCGGAGAGGUUGACAACUUUGCCUAAUUUACAAGUUCUUGAUGUGUCUAAUAAUAAUUUGUCUGGACCUAUACCAUUGUUUCCACCUAGAGUGAAGUUCAAUCAUAAUGGUAACUUGUUUCUUGGGACGAAUAUUACUACUGGGGAUGAUGGUGGGGGAAAUGGUUCUGGAUCGAAUUCCAGUGGUCAAGGUGGAAGUUCAUCUGGUGGUUCAAAAGGGCCAUCAGUUGGAAUGAUUGUUGGUGUUGUUAUAGCUGUUGUUCUUUUCGUUUUAGUAGUGUUGUUUGUGUCUUACAAAUGUUACAUGAAGAGACGCCAUAAGAGAUUUGGAAGGGUUGAGACUCCGAAGAAAAGCAAUGAAAUGGUUAAGCCUAGUCUCCCAAGUGUCGUGGGUGGUUCGAAUAGAUAUACUGGUGGCACCAGUGAGUUACAAAGUCAGAGCAGCGGUGAUCAUAGUGAGAUACCUGUUUUUGAAAAUGGAAAUGUUGCCAUUUCCAUCCAGGUCCUUCGACAAGUGACGAACAACUUCAGUGAAGAAAAUAUCUUGGGGAGAGGAGGGUUUGGAGUUGUUUAUAAGGGUGAACUACAUGAUGGGACUAAAAUCGCGGUGAAGAGGAUGGAAUCUGGGGCAAUGGGUACCAAAGGAAUGAACGAGUUCCAAGCAGAAAUUGCGGUCCUUACCAAAGUCAGACAUAGGCACUUGGUUGCUCUACUUGGUUCAUGUGUUAAUGGAAAUGAGAGACUUUUGGUGUAUGAGUAUAUGCCGCAAGGAACUUUGAGUCAGCAUUUGUUUGAAUGGCAAGAAUUAGGCUACAAACCUCUUACUUGGAAGCAAAGGGUAACGAUAGCAUUGGAUGUGGCAAGAGGGGUUGAAUACCUUCAUAGCUUGGCACAACAAAGUUUCAUUCAUAGAGAUUUAAAACCGUCAAACAUCCUUCUCGGAGACGACAUGAGAGCCAAGGUUGCAGAUUUUGGUUUGGUUAGAAAUGCCCCUGAUGGAAAGUAUUCUGUGGAGACACGUUUGGCUGGAACUUUUGGCUAUCUUGCACCUGAAUACGCGGCUACUGGACGAGUCACAACCAAAGUAGACGUUUACGCCUUUGGCGUUGUUUUGAUGGAGAUCAUUACUGGUAGAAAAGCUUUAGAUGAAACAAUGCCAGAUGAGAGGUCUCAUUUGGUUACAUGGUUCCGUAGAGUCCUUAUCAACAAAGAAAGCCUCCGAAAGGCUAUUGACUCGACACUUGAUCCUGAUGAUGAAACAUAUGAGAGCAUUUCCAAGGUUGCCGAGUUAGCUGGCCAUUGCACUGCUCGGGAACCUUUUCAGCGGCCUGAUAUGGGACAUGCUGUUAACGUCCUUGGUCCGCUUGUAGAGCAGUGGAAGCCUACAACAAGUGAAGAUGAUGACGGCUAUGGUAUUAUUGACCUUGACAUGAGCCUUCCUCAAGCCCUUCAAAGGUGGCAAGCUGAUGAAGGAACUUCAAGAAUGUUCGAUGACUUCUCGAUCAGUCAUUCACAGUCGAGCAUACCCUCAAAACCUUCCGGAUUCGCAGAUACUUUCAGUUCAACAGAUUGCAGAUGAUAUGCGAAAAAAAUUGACAACAGUUCAAGCCAUGCCAUGCCACGCCACGCCUCAGAGCGAUUUCAAUCCUUUAUGGAUCAACAUAGAGUAUGCCAAUAUUCAUUGAUUCAUUGGUUUCUUCUUGGUCAAUGUCAUUUACUUUUUAUGUGAUUACAUAUUUAAGUUAAAAUAUAGUCUUGAUGUAAGGUGUGUGAUAAACAGUUAAAAAGUCAGGUGAAUGUCACAUUUUCUUUUGCCUCUUUGAAGACAGAAGAAAAUUGUAACAAAUUUUUUCAUAUUACAUUAUUAAUGUAAAUAAAAUUUUGAGUUCCCCCCUCCAAA